AUGUAUGAUAGUCAAGUCUUUAAGGAUGCAGGUAUUGAUCAUCAUGAUCUAUUCUUUCUUGAUGGUACUUGUCCUCCUAGGGACGUAAUGGAGAAAUUUGUUAAAUUAGCAGAAGAAUGUGAUGGUGCGGUGGCUGUACACUGCAAGGCAGGACUAGGAAGAACUGGAUCUCUUAUUGGCUGUUAUGCUAUUAAGAAUCAUAAGACGAACUAA